AUGAUAGUCUUAAUUCUGGUUGUGCUUUACUCUAAUUACGCUGCUGCCAAUAAUGGCAUUACUCGUAUUGAGGAGCGUUUAACCACUGACCGCGACUUCUAUGACCGAUGGAUGAAAUUAGUUCAAACUCAGGCUUCCCAAUACUCGGAACAAAUGUUAGAUUAUCCAGUGGGUUAUGUAAUGAGUGACAUUCAGAAAUGUCAUAGAGCUGCCGGUAACUCACAAGAGGAUGCUAACCGUUUGAGACCCGCUGAUAUAGCUAUUUACGCCGAUAUGGGUCAUUUAUCAACUUAUUGCAAUUCGAACUUCUCAAUGUUACAACAUGGCCUUCUCGAUUCUUGCACGCACAGAUCGAGUAGUACAGGACUGCCAACUCUGGAAAAACUUCUACGAGUAUUCAACCCGAACUUGACAGUAGUAGAAGACAAUGAAAGAGAUGAUCUACUGACUGAGCAAGCUAGGAACUUAGCAGAGGCAAUUCGCAAAAUCAAGAACUACAACGACAUUUGGAAAAUGAUCGCUAUUAUUCCUUCAAUACAGGAUGGCGAGGCCUCAGAAACUGGACAGACUGCUGUUGAAGUUUUAGCAGCUAUUGAGGAAUUUCAUAAACUUUUGCCGGAAAGGACAAUUAUCGUUGUUUUGAGGUCAUCUGGCACUGGCAUUUGGAGUGAUGCAAGCCAUUCUCAGCAGGCUUGCAAAGAUAUGCUAAGCCAAUGGAAGGCAUACAGUCAAUUCAACUCUAACUCUGUUUGGACACAGGUAGAAGAUAUUGUUAAGGUGAACUUCGAGAAGGAUAACUUCACAGUUGAGUUUUUGCCGCUUCUGAAAAACGCAGCUCUCCAAAACCUCCCAGAGGGAAUUGAUCUCUCAGUUUUGGGGUAUGAUUGUGCACAUUUUUCUGACAGGGGCCUCUCUCUGCUUCAUUUGAGUAUAUGGAACUCACUGAUGACUAGAACUCCGGAUAGAACAAGUGAAUAUCGUCCGAUCCCUUCCGCAGUUGUCUGUCCGGAUCCUAAAUGCCCAUUUAUCCGCACUGGUGCUAACAGUGCUUACUGUAUUUGGGUGGAAGAUAGCCCUGACGAGCAAUCACUCGCUCCCCAUUUGAUUGUUGUUUCGAUUCUAGCAUUAGCCCUGUUAUUGACAAUUCUACUUUUGGUUUGUGUUUGUAGACAACCUUCGCGAACACAGGACUAUAAAAGUACAGCAAAACCUUUCGGAGCAAACUUCAGCUCUAUCAAAUUCAUUGACGAAGAUGUGAUCUGA